AUGCGUGGUCCAAUAGACGCUAUUAUUGUAUGUCGGCGCGCCGUUGCAUGUACUUCCGUUUUCCCAAUUUACUUCCGCUUCCUCGUCUUUUAAUUAUAUUUACUUCCGUUUCCUCAUAUUUAGUUUUAUCGGUUUAUCUUUCAGUUGUAUCGGUUUAUCACAUUGAUGUACUCGAUUGAUAUACAUUUCAGAUAUUUUGUCCGCUAAAAACCUUCAUAGAAACAUUUCAAAGCAAAUUCCUAAUAUCCUUCUUCCGAAAUAUUUUUCUUAGAAAACUUGUUUGGAUCAAAAGAGCUUUUAUUUUAUAAAGUUCUAAGAUAAACAGAUAAGCACAAAUACACAAACCAAAGCAACCUGGUAAAUUUUUGGCCAUGGUUAUCGCUAAACAAACUUUGAACAACCUGCCCCAGUGGUGUUUUGUGUUGGUGUUAUUUUGUAUCUCCCGGCAAACCGGGCUCACGUUGUGAACAGGCCCUGAAUUCCAGUAUUUUUUAAAUGAGAUUUAUGUUAAAUGGACGUCCCCAUUACUUUAAUAAGUUUGCAUUUCAAAAGCAGGUAGAAAACAAGAAUAACAGUUGUUUAUAUAUUUUAUUUGAUAGGCUACACUUAAUGCCAGAACAUCAAUAUUAGCUGCGGCAAAUCCCAUUGGAGGCCGUUAUGACAGGACAAAAUCUUUAAAGGUAUUGUAAUACAUGCAGUGUAAUACAUAUGUAGCAAGUUUGUAUGCAAGUUUAAAGUGCCACAAACUCCACUAUUACCCAUUUUGGGCAUACGUAACUAAAUAGCGUAAUAUUUGAAGAAGAAGAUUCCAUAUCUGGAAUCUUCUUAGAAUGCUAAGUGCAAGAAUUUUCCAGAUAUGACUACAUUAGAUUAGCAUAAAACAAAGGAAAACUAAUUUGCAAUUCAUCUAAUGUCGUCAUGUAGGCUAUAUCUGGAAACUUCUACAGUGAAAAAGUUGACUAAAAUGAGUCGUGUUUCAUUUUACGUUUUAGCACAACUUAAAUUUAUCUGCUCCUAUCAUGUCUCGGUUUGAUUUGUUCUUCAUUCUUGUUGAUGACUGUAAUGAGGUAGGUAUAUAAAUCUACUGAGGAGAUUUCUUCGAGUGAAAAUUUUAUUACUGAAACGUUUCACGCGCGAGGCAAUUUUUGAGAAAGUAAUUUGAGCAUGUCCCGCCUUCUAUUGUUUGCACUUUUACUUUCUUUAAGGCCCUGUCUCACUAUUGCGUAUGAGAGAAACGUAGGCCUAUGAGAAGCGUAUGAAAAUUAAUGAAAUAAUUUUCAUACGCAUAAAAAUCCUUUGAAAUGCGAGCGUAUGAGUACCGUACAUCUGGCGUACCUCUAGCGUAUUCAGCGUGUGCCUAGAGUAUACUUAUCGUAUAAACCAUACGUCCGAAUAUGCACAAAAAUUUUGAGCAUGCUUAAAAAAAAUGUUCUGCCUCGCCGUAUGCCAGCGUAUGCGACCGUGCUUGAAACGUAUACAACCUAAGCCUAACGUACUCCUAGCGUAUGUCAGCGUAUACCGGCGUAUGAGUGAUAUUUUUCAUACGCUGGCAUACGCUAGUACGAUACGCAAUAGUGUGACAGGGCUUUUACAUACAAUAUGCUCAACAUACUCGACUACUUCUUUAUAUAACAUGGCUCUGUGAUUGACUCCGAAAUUGCAUUGCAAGUUGCGUGGAAAUCACGUGGAAAUUACAUUGUAUAUGAUGUCGAUAUAUCAUAUGAUAUGAACCAUCUAACUACAAAUGUGUUUUUUUUUGGGGGGGGGGGGUCGAAAAAUUUUAUUCUUAUUGUUUUGAUUACUGCCAAGAUGAAUUUUAAAGUUUGGUCAAGACAAAUAUCGUCUUGGCUGAGCAGACUUAUAGGAGGUUUUUCUAUACAGACAUGCAACCGGCUGCAGGAGUCGGCUAAACUUUAUUUCAAACAAGGUCAAAGGAUGAUGGUUUUCCUUGCGAUAUAUUGACAUCUAGUUUUGCUAUAUAGUGAACUGUAGAUCCCUUCUUUAGCUUGUGUGUGGAAGUUGACGAAACUUGUUAACAUUUGAUUAUAUUUUAGGUAACAGAUUAUGCUAUUGCCAGACGUAUUGUUGACUUACACAGUCAUAUGGAAGAAUCUGUCGAGCGAGUGUACAGUGUGGUAAGUUCGGCAUCCUCUAGGAUUUUAUAGAAACUGUUAUUGUAGUUUAUACUACAGUUUCUGUGAUAACAGUGUUGUCACAAAACCUAGACACAAAUAAUUUUGUGUUAAAGUUGUUUCCUUUCUCUUAAUGUUAUGUCUCAUCCUUUUUACGCAGGAAGAUGUUCAGCGAUAUAUGUUGUUCGCAAGACAAUUCAAACCGUUGGUAAGCUAUUUACUUCCUUAAGCUUUCUCUUGUUCUCUAUAGUAAUGGGGAAACGUUCAGACACGUUACUAUAUACGUGUAGUAACUGCGAAAAUUUACUCUUUUCUUUUGCGUUAACCUUUAGAUAAGUAAAGAAGCUCAAGAAUUCUUCGUGGAACAAUAUAAACAUUUACGUCAGAGAGAUUGUUCAGGUGAGAGAGUUUAAAUAUUUAUUGCAGUUCCUGUAUUACUAGCCACUAUUAAUAUGUGUGCUAAAAUCCUCAUGUAAAACGUUUAUCCAUGUCGUCAAAGUGUUCUUUAAUUCUUUUGGCUGUACAUACAUGUACAGCUACUGCUUGCUAUUAAAUUGCCUAUCGCGGCGUCAAUCCACAGCAUCGGCUUAUUUGCUAGCAUUACUUGUCUGGAUGUUGCAUGAUCUCCAUACUUAGCCUUAAACUCUUAGCCAAUCAGGAGACACAUAGUUGCUAGACUGCUAGAAUGUAUGGAAAUUAUAGUAAAUUGUUGCACUCUGUUAUGGAACAUCUUGUAAUUAAACAUGCAUACAUAUCUUAUAUAUCAUAACUCAUGAAUAAAAAUUUCCUUUGCAUUUCAUCAGGUGUCGCUAAAACAUCAUGGAGAAUUACUGUCCGUCAACUGGAAAGUAUGAUUAGACUGUCUGAAGGCAUGGCGAGGAUGUACUGUCAAGACACUGUAAGACUUGUAUUAUUUUGCAUUACAGUAAAAACGUCAACUCAGAGGUUGCCAUAGAGAAUCUGAGAACCUAUAGUUGUUCAUAAAAGUCCGCGUUACUACUUGCAAUUUCACAUCCAUCAGAAGAAGAAAAUCGCAGCAAGAAUUGCAAGUGUAAACGGACAUUAUAUAUACCGGUCCAGUCAGUAGUCAACUGAUUUAUAAACUACAGUUACAAGUCAUUAAUACACUACAGAAUGUGGCUGAACCACCUAGAGCUACUAAAUUCCGAAUCCUACCAAAAUCCUCUGGGAACUAUACCCAGAGCUACCAAAUUCAUACCAAAAUCCUCUGGGAACUAUACCCAGAGCUACCAAAUUCGUACCAAAAUCCUCUGGGAAGUACCCAAAUCCUGUGGGAUCUAGGAACAGGUGUGUAUAAGUCACGAUCUUCUUUAUCUCUAUUCUAUUGAAGGUUCAGCCAAAGCACGUUAAAGAAGCAUUCAGAUUGCUCAACAAGUCCAUCAUUCGAGUGGAAACACCAGAUAUUCAGUUUGAUGACGAGGAAGAUCAGCCUGAAGGUAUGUAAGGGGCCAUAUCCGUAUUCAAGUUGCCAUACAAUCAACAUUAUUAUUAGGCCAGAUGAUGAGAUACAGUAAGUUCAACAUUAAAGGCGGUUUUCCAGUCCUUGCACGAAGCUCCUCGCUGCGAGUGCGUGUAUCUAAUUAAAAUUAACUGUUUUGCAUUGUGAUUGGAUGAAAGUGCUCAUGCAUGCACUCGCGGCGAGCUGCGAGGAGCUUCGUGCGAGGACUGGAAAACCGCCUUAAGACUUAGUUGAAUUAAGAUUUAUGGAGCUACUGGCCAACUCAGUCAUACAAUCCUGAACGAUCAGACAAUCCUGCACGGAAAAUUUAAAUGCCUUCACGCGGGCUUUUUAAAGUUUUUUAACGUGUGAAGUUAAUAGUAUGACGAGAGACAAGUUAACAAAACCGUUAGUCAAUUUAAUAAAGUUAAAUAACGUUUAAAUAAAGUUAACCAUUGUUUCACUGUAGUUCUUUUAUAAAACAGUUAUCCAUUGUUUCACUGUAGUUAUUUUAUAAAACAACAAGUCGCCUGCUCAGGCGUUCACACUGGCCUUCGCGGUUGGUAAAAUACCAUCGCAAUAUUCUAAAAAAUAAUUUGAAAUAUAACAAAAUACGUCACACAAUUACAGCGUCUAAGAUUUGUAACGUAGUUAAACACGAAACUCGUUCUGAUUAACAUUGUGUAGAACUGGUCCUAACUCCAAUCCUAAUCCAUGUCGUAAUCACCUGAACAUGUUUUGGCUAAAUUUCGAAAUCCUGAGCCCACGAUGCCACAAUGGAAAGUCACACUUGCGACAAUGCCAUUCUAUGACACUGACUGCGGCCAGUGUAAUUACCAAACGAUUUUCCGUGCAGGAUAGCGUCAUCCAUGCACGCGAGAUGUUGCAAGACUUUCGGAAAGCGUAAAAAUACCAGAGCCAGAGGACGAGCGUUUUUUACGCUUUCCGAAUGUUUCGCAAUAUCCCAAUUGCAUGGAUGACGCUAUCUUGCAUGGAAAACGAUUUGGUAUUCCUUUAAUCUAAACCUAGAGUUAAUGGCAUUGUACAGUAACAACACCACACGUUAUAUGAAGCUAGUUAUCUAAGUCUGGAGUUAAUGGCUGCAGCUCCAUUCCAAGACUGGCAUAUCUCCAUAAAAAUAGAAUGUGAACCAGUGAUGUUUUCCAUUUAGCAAUGGAUGAGGAUGGUGAUGAUGAGACACCAGCUGAGAAUGGUAUGGUCAAUGGUCAUGGUGAUGGUCCUAGUGAAACAUCAAAAUCAAAAGUUCGUUUGUCGUAUGAAGAUUAUAAACAUAUGGCAAAUCUUAUGAUCAUGCAUAUAAGACAUGAGGAGGACAAAAGAGAAGGUAGGGCAGGGAUGGAUUUACUGGGGGGUGCACCUCUCCUAGCCUUGGAAAACGGGGGUACCCAAUUUCCUUGGAUUUGAUAAGGAAAUCGAACAAACAAGAAUAUAAUUGAGACAAAAUGACGGCUAGCCGUUUUGUGAAAGUUACUGAUAAAGAGUGAAUAUUCCCCGAUAAUCACGUCGCCUUCGGCGAAUAAUUGUUAAUUACUUGAUCAUAUGAGGUAUAAGCUGCAGUCUUAGAUGCAACAUGCAGAAAACAACAAAAUAUGCCAGUAUAGUGUUACCGAUGUGUAUACUAUAUAACAUAUAAAUAUAAAAUGAAUGAUGAUUGUGCAUUUGUGACUAAAAUUGCAACUGUAUUUGCUGAUUCCGUCAUAAGUGAACUGAAAUUUUAAUAACUGAAAUUUUACUGUAAUGUGGUGAGUGUAUUUGGAAAUAUUGUCUCUUUCCAGAUGGAGACAGCUUACGUCGAAGUGAUGUUGUAAAUUGGUAUUUAAAGGAGGUCGAAGGUGAAAUUGAAACUGAGGAAGAAUUAGCACAGAAGAAAUUCUUAGUUGAUAAAGUGCUUGAUAGACUUAUUGGUCACGUGAGUAAUAAUAAUUGCAAUCUCUAUAUGCUAUUCAGAAGAACAUGAAGGGGAAGGGAGAUUAGUACUUAUAAAUUCUAAAUAUUUGGAAAUUUUUAUUUGGAAAGUGUUGGUUGUCAUAAGACGUUUGGCCAAGAUUGUACUGUUGCUUAAAUUUAAAACUUUAUUUUAAAAUUUGUUUCUGAUAAGGUUUUUUACAACAAAAUAACGUUAGCAUUGGCUAGCUGUUCAACAGAAUACGUUCAUAAGAACUUUGUGGUUGCUGCACUAACAAUAAUUUGAAAAUAUUGUUGCUCUAAUGAAUGACAUAUCUCAAAUACCGUCGUUGGCACCUACGGUUGAACAAUCGGAGAUAGGCACAUCUAUAUUUUCACGUAUAACAUUGCACAUCUGUCAAAACGUCAUCAAAGCAUAUCACAAUGUUCCUCUAAUAACGAUCGGACGUUUUCCACACAAUUGUUUUCAACCAAAUGCUCAAUUGACUGGGUAGCGCAAAUAAUGACUGGGUAGCGCAAAGAAUGUGGGAUUAUAGUUUUACAGUCUAUUUUACAAUGCAAAACAGGUCUAUUUUACAAUACAAAACAUUUAAUAUAAUGCUUCAGGCAAUUACCAUGUUUGACCUGGAAUUUUUGACCGUCAGCUCUUAACAAACAGAAACGUUUACAUGAUUUUAUCUACGACUGUUCACUGUUAGAUACAAACGACGAUAAUCGACCUGACUAUUCUUCAUUUUAUGUUUCGAUCUAGGAUCAUGUUAUCUUAGCCUUGCAGCGACAAGAAACAGAAGACACUGAAUCUGACAAGUCUGACCCAUUCCUGGUUGUCCAUCCGAACUAUGUGAUCGAGUGA